AUGGAAUCAUACGCAGCCUCGCUCAAUCGCAGCCAGUCGAUGGCGAGCGGCAUGGAGAAGGCAUCGCCUACGUGGAACAAACCCUCUCACUCUCGGAGCAGCAGCACUCUGUCGUCUCGCCACUCCAGACAGAUCAUCAAAGAUUGGGAAGUGAUUGACGAUCUUCAGGUAGACAUGCACCUCGGAGGCGAUAAUCUUCAAGAUAUGACCACUCCGGGUAUCUGUGAGGGUUAUCUUCUCAAGAGGAGGAAGUGGCCUCUGAAAGGAUGGCACAAGCGAUACUUUGUCUUGGAAGCAGGGACAUUGCGCUACUCCAAAAGCCAACAAGAUGUAUCCAGAGGAAGAGUGCAGGGCUCUUUAGAUGUCAGCCUUGCUGUGAUGUCCAUCAACAAGAAGUCAAACCGGAUUGACUUGGACGCAGGAGACAUUCUCUAUCACAUGAAGGCAAAGAGCCACGAGAUCUUCUACAUUUGGACGACUAAGCUUCAAGCCCAUCGCCAGUACAAGAAGAACGAGGCGGCACACGGUCACGGCAGCUUCCUCAUCAGUUUCUCCAGCAGUGCAGCUCAGAGGAACGGAGAUUCGAGCUCUGCAGGCGUUGCAGACUCAGCAGGAGCAUCAGGAGUUCUUCCAUCAGCUAACACUGCCGCCAACACUAAAGUGUCUGCGUGGCUGCAGCAGAGUCACGAUCCAGACGCCUGCGUUCGAGAGUUGAACCGCUGCCACAUGGAUCUCUCCGAGCUGAACCGUUUGAUCCUGAGGCUUCAGGCGCUGGAGGCCGGCCAGACUUUCACUAACGGAGACCUGCAGCGUAUCAUCAGCAUACAGAAUCUUUCACUCGAGAAGCCGAAAAAGUCAAAGUCGGGGAAUUGGGGUCAUUCUCGCACCCUGUCCAGAGUAGAGGCUUUGGGAAUGCUGUCCUCCAGCCACCUGAGCAGCUCCUCUCACCUCGGUACGUCGGUCCCCUCCAUCCCCGACUACGUCUACACACAGCUGUCUCCUCCUGUUCCCGCAUCGCCCGAGGGCAAGAAGAUCCAGCAGGAUAUCUGCGCCAUGUCGCUACGAGUUCUGGCUUCUCUGAAGUCGGUGCAUGAAACUCUGACGCAGGAGAGGCAGAAGCUUCAGGAAGUUUGGGAAACUAACGUCCCCUCAUCCAACCUGCUAACUGAGCCUGCAGGAGCGACACAUCGAGCCCACGGGCCUCCAUCGGUGGCGGAUUCGGCUGCAGAGUAUUUUGACGCCAGCGACGACGUCCUUUGCGGUAGUUCAUCUGAGGUGUCUGAUGAAUCCGGGCUCAGUGAAGGAAGCACCACCAACUCAGAGCCGGAGGAAGGACAUGCAUCAGCCACCCGGAAGUACCGUGCCAGUGUUUCCAGAUCUCCCAACAGUGUCGCCAAGAGCACCGGACGCCGAACUACACUUCCUGCUGACUGUCCAGACAACAGCCACGUGGGCCUCAUGGCUAUCCUCUACAAUAACAUAGGUAAAGACUUGGCUCGGGUGUCGAUGCCCGCAGCUCUUAACGAGCCCGUUAACCUGCUGCAGAGGCUGUGUGAGGAGCUGGAGUACAGCGAGCUGCUGGACACUGCCAACAACACAUCGGACCCCUACCAGAGAAUGGUUUACAUUGCUGCCUUCGCUAUCUCCGGUUAUUCCACUGCGACGUUCAGGAGCCACUACAAGCCCUUCAACCCGGCUGGGGAAACCUACGAGUGUGUCAGAGAGGACCGGGCCUUCAACUUCAUCAGCGAGCAGGUGUGUCACCAUCCCCCCAUCUCUGCCUGCCACGCAGACUCUGAUAACUUCUCCUUCUGGCAAGACCAACGAUGGAAAAAUAAAUUCUGGGGGAAAUCUUUGGAGAUUCUGCCCACGGGGAUGGUGAAUGUCACUCUUCCAAGGUAUGGAGAUCACUACGAGUGGAACAAAGUGGUGACCUGCAUCCACAACGUCCUCAGUCAGCAGCGCUACCUGGAGCACUACGGAGAGGUGACCAUCCGCAACCUGAAGAGCAACGUCUGCACCUGCAAGAUCACCUUCGUCAAGUCUCGUUAUUGGGGCUCAGAAAUGAACAAGAACGAGGUGCAAGGUACGGUGCUGGAUGAAAGCGGGAGUGUCAUUCACCGGUUUGGAGGUCUGUGGCAUGAAGGCAUCUACUGUGACACUCUGCCCACUCCUAAAUGUGUCUGGAAGCCAAAUCCCCAGCCAAAGGAUUCCCUGCUGUACUACGGCUUCUCCACCUUCGCCUUGGAGCUGAAUGAACUCACCUCAGACCUGAAGCCCCUCCUGCCUCCGACAGACAGCCGCUUGCGUCCAGACCAACGAUUGCUGGAGGAAGGAAACGUGGAGGGAGCAGACAAUAAAAAAGAUGAAAUAGAAGAAAAUCAGAGGGCGAGAAGAAAAGAGCUCUAAAAAGGUGAAGAUCAUAAUCCACGUUUCUUCAAGAAAGCCAAAGAUACCUGCGGGCGUGACGUCUGGUUGACAAACGGGAUGUACUGGAAGCUCAGGCAGGAUCCAGGUUUCGCAAAAACUGAAAACAUAACUCUGUGGUGA